AUGAAGGAUGGAGGAUGGCAACUGACAGACGCGCUGCACCCACUCGUGGACUAGUAAGGGCUGCCUAAAAGGCAGUCCAAUUGAUUCGCAGCUUGUGUUAUUCUCUUCGUUUCAAUUUGUAAUUUGCUCAGUUUAUCAUGAGGAGGUGUUUGAUUCUGUUCGUUUCGCCCUGUGCUGGUCCAGGCAGCCAAACUCUCUCAGCGAGCGGGCAAGGGGGCAUUUUCCCAGGACGUGUUAUACAGCGUUGAUCCGCGUCUCAGAGGAGAUACUUUGGAUUUUAUUUCCCUCCACCUUUGUGGUCGAGACCGUGCGCCGUUCUGCGUCUUGAGGGGCUAAUAUUGUUGGAACCAUGAGGUUUGUGUCAGCGAACUUUCUUGCCCUGUUCUUUUUGUGCACUUGUUCGUGUGUGCUCUACGUCUGGAGCAGACUAGAAGACAGACUGGGGAGACACAAACGGGGGCUUCAUGGACCAGGGGCACUGUUUGCUUAUGGGAAAUCUGCUGACCUAUCCGCAAGAACUUUCCGGGCACUUCUUGCUGUCCCGGCAGCUCAGAAAUCACACCGUAAAUCCAACACAACGGACGGUCAUAAUUCAAGCAACACCGGAGGUGAUGCGAACAAAUACCAUGGCCAUGCUGCUAAAAUGGCACCGAAUAAACAGGACAUAGUUCGUCUUACGGAGAUAAUCGAAGAUGGAAUAUUUUGGAGUCAGACACUGGAGGAUCAUCUUCCCGUCGGCUUCAGUGAGGAACAUGCCCGAACGUGGAGACACAGAGCCCGGGGCAACCUCGUUGUUUCACUGGAGCCAGGCUGCGGCAGGGUCUCUAACCAGCUGGCCACAUUUUCAGACGGGAGUAAAGCAUGUGUGCGUUACGGGAUAAACGCGGAGCAGAUACAAGGAGAAACUUUGUCCUAUUACUUGGCUAAUCUUCUAGGCAUCACAAACAUACCCCCUAGCAUCCUCUCCCGACUGAACGUUGACGGGGAACAAUGGGGCUCUGUGAGGCGGAGGGUGGAUGGCUUGCAGUGGUCCGCGGGAGCGAUUGUGUCCCUAACAGAAUGGGUCGCAAAUCUUACAGGAGUCGUUACACCUGCACCUCUGCGGCAGGAGAGCAAGGGUCUUCAUCCUUUGCUAACGGAACUUGGAAACAAAACGCUACCUGAGCUGCUCGAGCUUGUACAGUGGACCGACCUAAUCAUAUUUGACUACCUAACAGCGAACUUCGACAGGCUGGUUAGCAACCUUUUCAGCCUUCAAUGGGACGCCCGCGUAAUGGAAAGGGAUACUAGCAACCUCCUCAGAACACCAAGCGGGGAUUUGGUUUUCAUAGACAAUGAAGCGGGCCUGGUGCAUGGGUACCGCGUGCUCGAUAUGUGGGAGCGUUACCACAGCACCGUUUUGAGCUCGGUGUGCUUGUUUCGAAAGGGGACAGCUAAGCGCAUCGCGGAGCUUCAUCGCACCAGAGACACGCGGAUGCGGCUGCUUUAUCUUUACCAGGACAGAGAGCCUUUAGCAACGGAGCUGGGCUUCCUGUCCGACGACCACGCACGGACAUUGCAGAAUAGAAUUGACACUCUGCACAAACACAUACAGAAUUGUAAAGACAGGUACAGUCAGUUAUAGACACGGCAUAUUGUUGUGGAAACAAACGUACUGAAGACAGACAAUAUUUUCAGUCAUACUCCAAGAAGUAUAUCUGACUGACUACCUCUUGUGGGGGAACAUAAAUGUAUUUAUGCUCUCAAGUUAAGUUUUUUUAUGUUAUUAUUUAAUCCAGCCUUAAUGUACAAUAUAACAAUUUGUAAAUGGCGUAGAAUAUUUUGAUGUACCUAUUGUUCAGUGAUGCUGUAUGAUAGGGGAGGAGUUGUAGUCGAGUGUGCUUUGCAAGGAGGUCCAGUUUGUAAACACACUAUUGUAAUGAACAAAGUGUUUUGUCUGCCACAUUACCAUAUGGCAUUGUAUUAUCAUUAUAGCAUAUUUAUUAUGUUAAUGAUAUGGUAACAGUUCAUUUUGGAAACAGUACCUUCCAUCUCUCUCUCUAGUAGGCAGGUAGGGAAGUCAGUGUUGGAUUUACACCAAAUCCUUCCUAUUUUGUUUUCCACCACUGUCGGUUUGGCACAUUUUCAGUUGUAACUGUCAGAGUUUGGUUGGCCAGAUUUUCUCAUUGAAGAGUUUUAACCCAACACUUCAGUGCACAUUUCUAGUGAAACUGUUUUUUUCGUCUAAAUGCUGCAAACACACUCAUUUCAUUUUAGUUCCUUGUGAAACACACAAAAAUGUCUUUUAUUGUGAAUUUCAAACUUCACUUUAACAUUCCAAGCCUUUUUCUUACUCAAUUGAAAGCCUAGUUUCCUCUGUCUGCUAUUAAAACCAUUGGAGACACAAGUUGUUUCACUGUAAAAAGAGAAUUAUUGUGUUCUGCCACAUUCUUGCCUCCUACUCCAAACCCACUCGACACCCCAAGCCUCUCUCUU